AUGAAACAGUCAAGAAAACUCCAAGCAAGUUCAACUGCAGAUUUAUCUCCUGCAACCCUAAGAAAAUCCCCCGCAAAUAAAAUAGAAGUCCAGCGAGAACCAAGUCCUCCCCAUUCUCUUGAACAAGAAGAGUCUAAAGAAAAUUUUGACUUCUGGAUUCCUGACCAAGCCCUAGAAAUAGAAAAUCUAGUAGCUUCCAAGCAAAGAACAUUAGACUUAUUAAACCCCAAAACUGAGCAUUUAGACCAAGAUCUCCAGCUUCAGCUGGAAGCCAGAGACAAAUACAUAAACGAGCUCAACAAAUCAAUUUUAUCACUAAGAACCAGCCUAAAGCUUAAAGACGAAAAAAUGAAGCAAGCCAAAGAAUUAGCCUCAGAAACAAAAAGGCUUGAAGAAGAGCUCACUAAUGAGCGAAAAAUAAGGCUAAACGAAGAAAAAAAGUAUUAUGACUUAAAGCACGAUUUCGAAAAAGCCACUGAAGCUUGAAAAGAAGAAAAAGAGUCUCUUCAGCUUCUUCAAGAAGCAGUCACAGAAGAACUAGAAGGAUGCAGAGCUCAAGUCCUAAGUAAACAAAAUGAAGUAAAUUCAAUCAAAUCCGAUAUUAUUCACUCCCCCCCCUUUAAAUUGGAACUAAAAAUUUUGUUCCAAUUUAAAGGGGGGGUUAAUUUUUUUUUUUUAAAAAAAAUAUCAAUAUAAAAUUUUUUAUAAAAAAUAUAAAAAUUUAAAAAAAAAAAAUUUUCGAAUUAGAUCAAUAAAUUUGUUUAAUAAAACGCUAUUUACUCUUUAUCCUUUAAAACAAAGCAAGAUAUAACUAAAUUUUCAUUAUUAGUUAAUACGCCACUAUUAAUUGGUAUCAAAGUUAUUUACACAAAAAUUAUUAUGUUUAAUUGAUAAAAAAAAUUAAAAAAAAAAUUUUAGAAAAUUUAUGGAUCAAAGUGCUAAUUUUGUUUAAAUAAGAUAAUAUUAUAUACUCUAUUCUUUAAAAUAAAGCAAGAAAUAAGUAAAUUUUGAAAUUUUAUAAAGAAUUCCUAUUGAAUUUAUGUCAAAGCUAUUUAAAUAAAAAAUAUCAUUUUUAUCAAAAAAAAACAAAAAUGUUUUUUGAAAAUUUUUAAAAAAAACAAAAAAUUAAUUUGUUUUUAAAAUUUACAAUCAAGGAUAUAAAUUUAUUCAAAUAAGAUGCUCUUUAUACUUUUAUCUUUAAAAAAGAGCAAGAUAUAACUAAAUUUUUUAAUUUAGUUAAUAAGAAACAUUUAAUUUAUAUUAAAACUUUUUUUAGAUAAAAAUUAUAUAUAAUUUUUUAUUAUAAAAUUAAAUUUUGUUCCAAUUUAAAGGGGGGGAGUCAAAUAUCUAAAAUCGUUGAUCAAAUGACAACCCUUAAUAAAGAUCUACAUGAGAAAAUUGACAAAAUGAACGGAGAUAUGGAAGAGACAAAUAAAAGGUAUUAUGAAGCUAAAGUUAAAGCUGAUAACGUAGAGGAUUUUGAAAACACAAUUGCACAGUAUAUGUCAGAACAAACCAGGCUGCAAAAAAGCAAUGCGAAAUUGCUAAGCCAGCAAGAAGACAUGAAAAAUUAUUUGGAAAAUAUUGAAGACACUUUUAAUAAAAUUAAAUCAAUAGAAGACAAUAUUAAGCAGAAGGCACAGAGCUUGCCAGGAAUAAAAAGUGAACAAAUUGAAGAAGAAUUUCAGCAUAUUUCUGUUUUCCUUCAAAAUAUAGGAAAAAGUUUAAAUGAGGCAAAAUCGUCACUAAAACAAAAUAUGCCUAAAAGUUUCAGCAUAAGCGAUAAUGAAGAAUCUGUGAGAGAAAGAGUUGUGCAGCUUGAAGAGCAGCUGAAAAUCAUGAAUGAUAAUAUGAAAACUGCAUUAACUUCUCAAGGCCCACUCCUUAGCCAAAUCGAAGGACUGAAUAAUAUAUUGAAAAAAAUGAAAACUGAGUAUGACGAAAACACAGCCAAAAUCCGAAAACACGCUGAUAUAAUGAAAGAACAAAACGACUCAUUUAGAGAAAAACUGGAUUUAGCUAAACAAGAAAUAGAAAAAAAGGAAUCAGAGCUCCAAAAAACUCUUACUAAAUUAGCGAACACUAAUAACAGAGUUGAAACUUUGCUUAAAAGAGCAAGAGAACAGUCAGGAAAAGAAGACGAGCUUAAAAGAGAAAUUUCUCAGCUGCGCACAAAGCAAUCAAGCAUUGCCCUGGAUAAAAGAGGAAGCAAUGGAGCUAAUGCUCAAAGAGAAUUAAAAAUCAAGAAAACUAUUUAUCAGCUGCAUGCAUUAAGAGAAGAAAUUUAUAAAAAGGAUACAGAAGUCAUUGCAAGGCAAAAAGAAAUAGCUAAGUUAGAGGCUGAGCUGCAAAGUAAAAACGAAAAUAUGCAGAAGGCAUUUUCUAAAAUGAAAACUGUUGAAGCUGACAUUUUAAGUAAAGUCAGCAAGGAUUUAGAUGAAAAAGAUAAACAAAUUCAGCUGCUGAAAGAGAUGCUGAGAGGAGCUAGCUCAGAAGGAAGAGCGAAAGAAGGGAAAAUGAAAAAGAAAGCAGAAUCGUAUAGUAGCUAUCAGACUGAUUCAAGCAAGCGCCGGCUUUAA